AUGAAUAGAAAACUCACCACUCUGGAUUAUUAUGUAGCAGUUGGAGUUUCUGAUAAUCCUGAGCUAGAUGAUAAUUUGAGCUAUCAAAAACUCAUUGGGAAGUUGUUGUAUGUGACCAUCACUAGACCAGAUAUUUGUUUUGCAGUUCAGAUGCUCAGUCAGUUUAUGCAAAGGCCUAAAUAUUCUCAUUUGGAUAGUUCUUUGAGGAUAGUGAGAUAUCUAAAGGAUGCUCCUGAUUUAGGGAUUCUUCUUCCUGCUGGAGACAUCAUUAUUACGGCUGCUUUCUGCGAUGUGUUGGGAAAGACAAGACAAAACACUAGGAGGUUGGUUACAGAGUAUGUGAUUAUGCUUGGAUGUUCCUUAGUAUCAUGGAAAUUCAAGAAACAACACACGAUUAGCAAGAGAUCUGCAGAGACUGAGUACAGGAGCAUGGCUAUUUUCACUGCAGAGAUUAUUUGGUUGACAGGUCUACUCAGAGAUAGUGAUUUUGUUCUGUCCUCAUCUAUGGGGUUGUUUUGUGACAGCAAGCUUGCUGAUUUACUGACCAAAGGACUUACUAGUGCUCAACAUCAUUCUUUGUUGUCCAAGCUUGGAGUGUUUGAUGUCUAUCACCCCUCUAGCUUGAGGGGGAGUAUUGGAUAUUUUUUGUUAGUCUGCUAUCAGUCAGAGAAAUUGUUAAAUGCUACAUUGAAUGCUGUCAGUUUUGAUUGCUCCUCUCAAUUUUUGUUGUUCUUUUAA